AUGAACAACGAAGAGAAAGCUCUCCAAGACCCACAUUUUCCCACCAAAGCGGUGCACACGGGCCAGGACCCCGAACAAUGGACUCACGGAGAAGUCGUUCCUCCCAUCUCCAUGACCUCCACUUUCCAACUGCAGAUCCCAAUGAAGCCAGGGGAUUUUAUAUAUUCGAGACUUAGUAAUCCAACUAGAAACUGUUUGGAGAAAUGUAUCGCCGCUUUGGAAGAUGCAAAAUAUGGUUUAUGCCACUCUUCUGGAUUAGCUACUAUUGAAAAUAUUGUGCAUUUACUGAAAGUGGGAGAUAACAUUAUAUGUUUCGAUGACGUCUAUGGAGGUACGAAUGAAUUUUUUCGAGUUUGUGCCGAAAAUAUGGGCCUUAAAACGACAUUUGUCGACGCAAAAAAUCUCGAUAACGUUAGGAAAGCUAUUAGAUUAAAUACGAAGAUGAUUUGGAUGGAAACACCAACAAAUCCGACGAUGAAACUCGUCGACAUCAAAGCAAUUGCAGAUAUUGCAAAGAAUGCCGCAUCUUCUCCAAUUUUAGUUGUGGAUAAUACAUUUAUGUCACCGUAUUUUCAGCGUCCUCUAAAAUUAGGAGCUGAUAUAGUGAUGCACUCUGUGUCCAAGUAUAUGAAUGGUCAUUCUGAUGUUAUAAUGGGAGCAGCUGCAACUGAUAAUGAAAAACUUUAUUCACGACUAUUAUUUCUACAACAUGCUCUCGGUGCAAUUCCAUCUCCAUUUGACUGCUUCCUCGUAAACCGUGGCUUGAAGACACUUCACGUACGAAUGGAACGCCAUAUGGAAAAUGGUUUAGCCGUAGCAAGAUUUCUUGAAAAACAUCCGAUGAUUGAAAAAGUUCUGCAUCCAGGUCUUCCGAGUCAUCCUCAGCACGAACUAGCAAAACGACAGUGUUCUGGAUUCAGUGGUAUGGUUAGUUUUUACAUAAAAGGAGGUCUGGAAGAAGCUCAAAUAUUUGUCAAAAAUCUGAAAUGGUUUAUAGUCGCCGUGAGCCUGGGCAGUGUUGAGAGUUUGGUGGAAAUACCAUUUCUGAUGACACAUCAGAAUGUUCCAGAAGGACACAGAAAAAAAGUAGGCAUAACAAGUAAUUUAAUUCGUCUUUCGGUGGGAUUAGAAACAAAAGAAGAUCUCUUAAGCGAUUUGAGUCAAGCUCUGAAGUCCGUUCAAAACUGGUCUCAUAAUCGUCAACAGUUCAAGAGCGCAUAAACUCGUAUGGGACGGACGACCGACGUCACCAAGAUACUCUUUAAAUACUUAAAUAACAAAAGCCAAUAGAAUGGUGCAAAAUUUGUGCUUUUAUUGUUUUAUAUUUGAUUUGUUGCGCUAAUGUUUUAAUUUAUUGUCGAAAGGAAAGAAGAGGUAAUUAUUUGUUUCAAAACAUUAUCUUAUGUAUUAUUACACGAAUAUUACGAUUGAA